CUCUUUUCAGCUGGCCACGCGUGAACCCAUCAAGCUACUCUCCUCGAUCCCCCUGAGCGUGAAAUAUUGUGCAUCGUGUUGAAUCCAAGAGAAAGGCCAAGCAAAAUGUCCUCAUCCUCCUACCACAACGUCCUCUUCACGUGGGCCGAGAGCAUCGACGCCAAAGCAUGGUCGCAACUGCAGGACCUAUUUGCGCCGACCAUCUCAAUCGACUAUGGCGCGGUUGGAGGACCCAAGGCUUCAGAGGCACCCUCUGCAACGUUUGUGGAUUGGGUUUCUGAUCCCACACGGCUAGGCAACCCAGAGAUCAUCACGCAGCACUUGCUGGGCGCCUGUCAUUGGACCGAACCAUUUGAAGAUACAGCCGGCAGGAUGAGAGUCACGGUCAAGUUUCAGAUUCGCGCUGCCCACUGGAAAAGGACGUCAUCGACGUCCACCAGCAGUGCGACUGGCCACGGAACCAAUCUGAUGGAACUCGUAAUGGAUCAGCAGGGGCAGUGGAAGAUUGUUGCGGUCACGGUGGGCAUGAAGUGGUUGGAAGGAGAUCUCCAAGCGGUUUUUAGCCAGUAAAUUUGAUCUCCUACUCUCUGCAUGAUGUACACAGAUCCACUGGCAAUUUUCAGAAGGACGGGGGAGACAGAGAAAUAAAGUAACAGUUGGUGUCGCGAGCUUCCCCCUCCCCUUUCCCCCCCACUUCUAGUACAUGACACCCCGGAAGCACAGAAACAAGCAAUCUUACACUUUUGCAAGGCCUGCAAGAGUG